AGCGUUCUUCAUGGCUUCGUGAGCGCUCGGUUCUUUCCGCUUUUCUCAGCUGUUUGUUCGUUGCAACAUCACGAGUAACGUGCACGUGGUCGCCUACGAUACAGUAUAUAGCGAUUUGCCGGUGAGGUAUUACAGAGUACAGAUAUCAGAUCUAUCUAAAUGGCACCGCGAAAGCAAGUUAAGCAGGAGGCGGCAGAAACCACCGUUGCCCUGGCUGCUGCCGAUGGCAACGCUACGCCGCCGAAGAAGAGGAAAACCGUUGCGAAAUCGACGGCAGAUACGGCGUCGCCGAAGCAAGCGAAAACGGCGGUACCUCGGCAGCUGAAGCAAACGAAGGAGCGCGAGGCGGCCACCGUGUUCUCUCCCAAGUAUUUACGCAGCAGGAACAAGAACGUCGCUCCGAAAAAUGAUACGGGGAACGAGAAAGAGUCUAAGAAGACGUUGGUCAACAAGCAGCAGAAAGAGAAAACGGUGGUAAAGAAUAACAAUACAGGUGAAAGGGUCGUCAAGAAGGAACAAAAAAAGGCGCCCACUGGCGCCAAAUCCGCAAUAAAAAAGGCGGAAGAGAAUCCGCCGAAGAAGACUCGUCGCGGGAAAACGGUAGGUGAAGAGAAUGUUGCACCACCUGUGAAGGUGCGAUCCAGCAAGAAGUCGACAAAGGGUAAGGAUGCCGAGACCGAGGCGAUUGCGGAGGUUGACGAUGAGUCUCCGGAGGAGAAGAAAGAUGCAGAGAUAAUCGUAGCCAGCAAGAAAUCUCGCGAACAGGCGAAAAAGACAGCCAAGGUAACAGUAAAGGAAAAAUCAAAAAAGAAUUCCAUAAAAGCAGAGGUUGCUGUAGUAGAAAAUGAAGAAGGAAUUGAAGAACAAAAUAGCCAAAACACAGCAAUAGAAGAAGCCAAGACAGGGAAGGAAAGAUUGGAAGAGAAUUCUGCAACAGCAGAGCAAGUUUUCACAAGUAUUUCACAAUAAAUACAUUACAAACAUCAGGUUAUUUCACAAAUCAUUCCUCUUAUGUGUAUUCUUUUUAGUCAGAUAUAAAAUAUGUUAAUAUUUCCCUUUCCAAUUCCUUAAUUUCACUUUUUCUUUUAACAGUGUUUACUUGAAGCACAGAGAAGUUGCUGAUCUUUCCAAUCAUUUGAAUUUAAAAAAUAGGAAAUAGGAAAUUCAAAUAAUGAAUUGGAAAGGUUAGCAACUUUUCUGUGUUUAAACACUGUUAAAGGAAAAAGUAAACUUAAGAAAUUGGAGAGGGAAAUAUUAAAAUAUUUUAUAUUUAAUUAAAUAGAAUACACAUAAGAGGAAUGAUUUGUGAGAUAACCUAAUGUUUGUAAUGUAUUUAUAUUACAUUAUCUCACAUAUAAAUACCGCGAUUCUCUUUAUAUACAUAUAUUAUUAGUAAAAUGAAACAUUAUAUUAUCUUACUCAUAAAUACCGCGAUUCUCUUUACAUAUUAUUAGUAAAAUGUUAAAUGUAUUGAUAAGGGUUUAUAACAGGCAAAUUACUCACACAUACAAAGAUGUUAUCUGAAAAUAUUUACGAACAAAUAUAUAUGUUUUUAUAAAUAUUUCAUCGAAAAAAAGACAUCUAUAAAAAAAAGUUUUGCUCGAUAUGUUUUCGAGUAAAAUUUUCAUGAUUAAUUACAAUCCCUUAUCGACAUAUUGUAUAUUUGACUAAUUGAUAAGUAGUGCCAUAAAAAAAUUUGAUAGGCUUUUUCUAAAUUCUUGAUUCUUAUAUGGGCAACACACAUCUGUGUGCUGGAAAAUGUUAAGAAAAAUUAUUAUAUAUUAAUAUUAAUAUUAAUAUAAA